AUGGCGGACGAGGAGCGAAAGGAAGAGCCCCAAGCAAAACCAGAAGCAGAAGAGAAACCUGAAGAAAAGGCCGAGGAAAAGAAAGAGGCGGAGAAGCAACCGGAGCAGCAGACAAUGCGAAGUGUUUUCCUCACGGGCUACGGCGGCUACAACAAACUUCAAGUGCAAAAACACGCCAAGCCUAAACCCGCGAGUGGGCAAGUUGUGGUCCGCGUUCACGCAUGGUGAGUUUUAUUUAUGAGCUUGUUGAUUGUUCUUUCACCUGAUUUCGUGGUAGUCCUCAUGUUGUCGCCAAAAACAACAAGUGUCUUUCUGUGGAAUGCAAUGUAAUAUUUCAAUCCAUAGCUAUAUUACUAUACACCAACGAGGACGAUUUGGGUUUUCCACCACUCUUUUAAGAUCGGCUUUCGAAACCCGGGGGCCAGUUUACAUUAUUAAAAACUUUGUCGAUAAAUUAAUAUUUGUUUCUUUCAUUGACUUAGUGAAGCAAAAUACAGUUUCCUUUAAAAUCAACCUUUUUAUAGCAAGAAUUGAUUCGAGUGUUCCUGGUGAAUGAAAAUGUGGGAGGGGCUCAUGUAAACCCUUGAUCGGUGGAUCGUGUAGCCCUUUAGUGCUCCGAUCGUUAGCGAUCCAAUUAAAACCAAACCGAAGUUGUGAUAAAAAUAGGCCUAGCGAACUUAAAUGUUUUGUUUGUGCCUCAUUAAAACAAAAAAUCCUGCGAAAUUGGCAGUGUGUAUUUCAAUUACAGUCUUGAUCGUCGUCUAUUACGUAUUUGCUGUGGCGUUCAUGAGUCUAAAUAUUUUAUUACGAUCCAUAUUUACUUUAUCUCGAGGAUAUUUUUAUAGUAAAUACCAAUAAAAUUGCGUUAUUUCUGAAUUAUUGCGCGCUCAAUUUUAUUUUUAUGUUGGACACACAAUGAGCCCUUAAUAAGCCAUUAAUUUUUACACUUGACUUGAUAAUUCGCGUGUAGAGGAAAAUUCCAUCAAUUAGUAACAAUAGUGACCUAAAUUAUAUACAAAAGAAUGCACACUUUGACGAGAAAAGAAAAUUUUGUAACCCAGGACAGGACUGGAAAUUUCAGGGAGGUGGGAGGAUAACUGGUCUAUUUCCCUUGAGGAGUGGGUGUAGCAUAAAAUCCAAAAAUAUUUUUCAAGUUUUUAGCUGCCUGGAUACAGUCCUCCUUCAUUUUUUCUUGUUUUCCUUAAAAAUGGGUACCCAAAUAGAACAGAAUACAACGUCAUGCUGAAGUAUAGAAAUUGGAAAAUUAUUACUGUGUGACAAAUCAAAACCCUUCAUCAAGUUCUUUAAUUUUUUACUGUUCACAGUACACUACUUUUCCAUAAGACUGUCAAGAUCGAAAACUUUGUGUUAGGGGUGGCCAUCUUAGAUCGCUGUCAAAUCUGUUUAGGGGGCUGGGGAUGGUUUGGGAGGAGGUGAGAAAAAUAGAGGGACUGGGACUGUCUCAACAUCACUGCAGCUCACAUCCAGUGGGUGUGGCAGGUAUUUCAGGCCUUUUACUAUUCAUUAUUAACAAACUCUGCUUGGGAUGGAAAACAUGCCAGACACAUUUAGCAUUGACUUUGCGUGUUUACAAACAUCUUCUUUCGAACAGUGAUUAUAAUACAAAUAAAAGGAUGUUUUUCCAAAUUUAGUCGGCCAACAUGCACAGCUGAAACAUUUUCCCAAAUUAAGAGUCAAGCAUGCUCUCUUCAAGACCAGUAAUUAUUAAAACUAUUAAACCGCCAGAUAAAUCGCCUGAAAUUUCUGACACGGGUCGUCUUUCUGUGUCUCUGGGGCAGAAACUGUGCUUUUUAAUUUAGAACUCCCCAGACUUCUGAAAUUAUCAAAAUUCCCCCAGCCGAGGCUACUUCAAAAGCAUAUUGGCUUACGUGAUUGAUCUUCAAAAUACUGUCCACAAAUCCUUUGUCUGUUUUCAGAAAUAUGUACCUUGCGAAUUCGCAAAAGCAUCCAGUUUUGAAAACAAUACUUCCAAACAAACGGUUUUGUGUUGUCCCUUCUGUAUGAAAUGUCCGGAAGAGUUUGCACUACUUCAUCUUGACAAUCUCACGGAAAAAUAGCGGACUGUGUACACUCUAAUUUUUAUUAUACAGUUGAAGGCAUGGAGUUUAAAAAGUUAAGUUGAAUUUGUUUCCCUCUCAGUUAGCAUGUAAUCAUUAAUAUUGUUUAGUGUAUCUUAAGUACAUAUCUUUAGUCUCUUGUCAUACUGUUGUCAUUUGUUCUUAGUAAUACCGUUAGUUUACCAUUAGUCUCUGGUCAUCGUUGUCAAUUUUAGUUCCGUUAGUUCUCUUGUUACUUUUAGUUUAUUUAUUUGUAAUUUAUUUCCUGUAAACAUGACCUGCCUAGAUUAGCUUAUAGCUACCUCUGGGCAUGUUAUAAUUUAUUAUUAUACUUUAACCUCAAAACACAAUAAACAUGUAUGUAUGUAUGUAUGUAAAUGAGCAUUUAACAGCACAGUAUAAUAGUGUUCAUACUACUGGAUAGUAUACCUGCCAACUUUUUCUGAGAUAUAAGCAUGAGAUCUUUAUCCUGGGAGUGCUGGGAAUUUAAAGACAGCACGAUCAUUUCCGAAGAUUCCCGAAGAAGUCCGAAGUUUUCCGAAGAAGUCCGAAGACUUCCGAAGUCUUCCAAAGACGUCCAAAGUUUGUCGAAGGCGAAGUUAUCAAGUCCCAGUCUUAGGACACGUAUAAACGCGAGCUCACUCCCAGUGCUUUUUACUUCAAAAAUCAGAGAUCGCAAGGAAAAGGUAUUGUCAUUUAUUCAUUUUAACAUGGUUUUCGUUCGUUACAUGGGUCUGAGUUAACAUAUUUUUGGAAAUUGUGUCAAGCAAGACAGCAACAACUCACAUUUUUCAAUCAGGCGUGAGAAAUUGGCCCGCAAGCGUGAGCCGGCGUGAGAUCGAAGUUUUCAGCCCACAGGCGUGAGAGUUGGCAGGUAUAGGAUAGCUUUUGUGCUAGCAUGAAAACCAUAGGGCUCUUGUUCAAACAGAAAAACAGUGAUUUCGUCACAGUUUCUGCAACGGAGCAAAGCUAUGCUGCACUGAUCUCUAAAGUGGACAGUCACAUAUCGAAUAGGUGUUCAUAAUAUACUGGAUAGCCUUUCACGGCGGCAUGAAAAGCAAUUCAGUAGUAGUAGAGUAGUAGAGUUGUUUAUUCAGAACCCCUUGCAGCUAAGAGCUGGAUAACAGGAUCGUGCGCAAAUUACACAUAAUUAACAUUUAUCUUAUGACAAAAAAUGUAAAUAUUUUACAGAUACAAAUUCUGACAUUCUAUACAGAUUCACUCUAAGUGCAGAGUGAACAUAGUCUUGGUCAGUUUUUUACAAGUACUAAAGUAAAGUAUUCUCUUCUUGGUUUCGUUUAUAGUGGACUCAACUUUGCAGACAUCAUGCAACGCCAAGGACAAUAUCCAAGUCCUCGAAAACCACCAUUUGUCCCUGGUUUAGAAUUUGCCGGGACAGUGGAAGAGCUUGGAGAGGAUGUCACAGAUCUGGAGGUUAGUCUUGUUGAAAUGUGAUCCACUGACAUGCUAAAUACUUAAGGCGUUACUCCUUCAAAACAUUGAUUUUCUUGACUGAUAGGCAAAUUUGUGUGAAUUUUAUUCACUGUCCUUAUUGUCAAAUUAAUGAAGUUUACUGAAUUUGUGCAAGUCUUAAUAAUAUUGUAAGUCUAAAUAAUGUUAUUUUUGGUGUGAUAGUAAAAUAAUAUCAUUGCUACUAUCACUGUAGUGUGUAUUUUUAUUGGUUGUCAUUGGUCAACAGUCCAUAUCAUCUAAACCAGCUUUCACUCCAGAGAGCAACUUGAGAGAAUUUCUGCAAAUUUAAUUUUGGAGGCCUUAAGAAAAUACAUUGGACUGACCCUUUGACAUGUUAUCUUUAAUAUUAUUUUUUUAAUAUAAACAUAGGUUGGUGCACGUGUUGUGUGCAUUUCACUAGAAGGUGCAUGGAGUGAAUAUGCUUGUGUUCCUGCCAGAAAUUGUGUAGUCAUCCCAGACAGCCUUAGUUUUGAGGAUGCAGCUGCUUUACCUGUCAAUUACCUCACUGCUUAUUUCAUGCUGUUUCACUGUGCCAAUCUGGGUCGAAGAAAGAGUAUUCUUAUACAUAUGGCAGCUGGAGGAGUGGUAAGAAUUAUUAUUAAAAACUUGAAUGGUUGAAAGCGUUUUUCUGCUGCAUGCAUGGAUGCGCUGCAUGACCUGUCAGCUGUUCUUGAAUAAUAAUAAAAAAAACAGGGUGCAAAGAAAGUCAGCUCUAAAGCAUGCUUUUCAGGCAAGCUGUAGCUAGCAUGUACUAUAGCCCAAGAGUCAUUGAAUUAGCUGGGAAAAAAAAUUAUGAGCAGGAAUUGGAAUUCCCCAAAAAACUUCACUGGCCCAUCAAGUGAGGUCAGAACAGAACUUCCACGCAAAAUCCAUUUGCCCCAGGCUAUCAGACAUGCAUGGCUUUCUUUGCGUGUGCUUUUUUCAAGAACUGAAUUUUUCAAAAGGCAAAGGGCAGAUUGAAGUAAAAAUGGCAGGAAGGAAAAGUUGAUUACCCCUGAAUGUCUGAUUUUGUUUUGUGGAAUGCUAAGAAAAAAGUUCAACCAAACAGGUUUAGUUUAGUUCACGGUUGGCACAGUCUUAAAAAGUGCUUGAAAUUUUUGGGGGAGUCCUCGAAAAGUCCCUGAAUUUCUGUGCAAGUCCUUGAAAAGUCUUUGAAUUUUUCUCAACUUUGAAUGUGGUGGGGUUGAAAGCAAACUGCUUUGCAUUUCAUUAGUCUUUGGUAUUCUUUUCCUUGGUUUAUUUGUAUGAACGCUGUAGAUGGUAACACCAUGGGAUUUCCUCCAGAGGUGUAAAAUAUGGAGUGACAGAUAAUCUCGCAUUAACAACGUCUAGGUGUGAAAGGGUUACUAUCAUUGUUAGAGAAGUCCCAAACAAUCUGACUGGCCGGCACUGAUUAUGUUUUAAGCCAUUUACCCACUUAUCACUGAUGUUAUUUGUGUUGGAAUUGUGUUUGUUAGGGAAUAGCCGUGACUCAGCUCUGUAAAACGGUAGAAGGAAUAACCAUGUUUGGGACGGCAUCAGCAGCAAAGGUAGAGUUCAUCAUUUAUAACAAACUAUUAUUGUAGGUCACAGAGAUGUGGAUGGUGUAACAAUUCUUUAUUCUACUCAUAAAUGAACGUGUAAACAUUGUAUAGCAGGGGGUAGCAAUGAGGUCUGGGACCAAGAAACGAUGCUCUCUCAAUUUGUAAAGCGGGUUACCUUGCAACUUGUGGUCAGCAGGAAAAAUAGCAGGAUGUUAAAAAUUGCAGUAUAUUUCUUAGUCUUAAAUAUUUUAGAAGCAAGAGGCGAGGCGACCGAGGAAAUAAUUAUUUAUAUAAUUCUAAGUCUUCAUCUUUGUACUACUCAUUUUGCCUGUCAGUUUAUCAAAAAGUUGUUUCUUAACUUUCUUUUCCAGCAUGAGAAAAUUGUUGCCAAUGGGAUAACUCACGCCAUUGACUACCGAACAACAAACUAUGCCCAAGAAGUAAAAAAGUAGGCUGAUUCUGCUCCUUCUGUACCAUAGAGAAGAUGCAUUUUAUUUAUUUGUUUAUUUUACUAUUCUAUCUCUUGGUGAAUUUAUAAGUGAUACAUUCAUAUUUGCUAGCUAUUGAGCUAAUUUUCUUCCAGCAAAAGGUUAAAGUUAUUCAAGUUUUUGUUUUGACACAAAAAUGAGAGUGAGCCAUUGGUAAUUUACAAAGUUCAUAGGUUUUUUGUUUUGUUUUGUCAGAGUUUGCCCAGAAGGAGUAGAUAUUGUUCUUGAUCCUCUUGGUGGAACUGACACAAAGAAGGGGUACAAUCUUCUGAAGCCUUUGGGAAUCAUUGUUUGCUAUGGUUAGUUGCCUCUGGUGUUUUGCAUAUUAUUAAACUACCUGACAUGGUUCUCUCUCAUGGUUCUCAAUGUCUUUUUCUCAAGGUGUGGUUGAAGGACAGCAUUUUUACCAGGCAACACAAAAUUAAUGGUGCACGAAAUGCUAUCGUCUUUGCUCAUCAAUCAUAAACACACAAUUUAAAGCGUUCUGGAUUCCGAUUUUACAAUAUAAUAACUCACUAAGGGCACCCUGGAAAAGGUGUGCACAAAUCGAACCAAAAUCGAAACGUGGAAGCAAAGAAUCGUGAAUCGAACCAAACAGUCAUAAUCGCGAUUAAUCGAGAAUUCGAUUAAUCGUUACACCACUAGAGACUGGGUGCUUAUUUGAGGCUGGGCACCAUUUGCAGCAAGUAUGCAGUAAGUUAUUUUGCAACAAAACAAUAAAAAUAAUAAAAUUAUAAUAACAAAACAUGAAGAUGUGCCAUAGAAGAAUUUUAACUGUUCAUUUGAAAAUUUAUUGAAAGUACUUAGAAAACGCAUUUUUUGGGGUAGUCUCUCAGUAGUACUCAGUCAACUUCAAUCUUGUUUUCAGUAAGGUCACUUUCUUAGGGAGGGAGGGGUGGGUACCUAUUAACUUUUCCUACCUAUGGGGUGGGUGGUUAUUUAAGAUGGAUGCAUUUGAGGUAGGGGUGCUCAAUAGAACAAGUGCAGUACAUGUAGCCAGUUAAUCAGGAUCCAGGCAUUUUGGUCAGAGAAAACUAAAGAGAUAUCUUCUUUGAAAGAGUUGACUGUAAGAUCUUUCCCCUUCAGGAUAUGCAAAGUCUAUUGGUGAAUCAAAGAGCAUGUUUUCGUCAGCCAAGAGUGUGAGUACUUUAAAUUAAAUUCAUUGAACAUAUUUCCAAGCAGAUCAUUCACCAAACAAAACAAAUAUAUAAAUUUAUAAUUUAUUAUUAUUAGUGCAAUGUGGCUUGAUUCUGAAAAAGCUAUGAACACACCUAAGAGAAGUUAAAAAAAGUUUACAAGUACAACAACGCUUUUGAGCAAUCUUUAUAAUUAUACAAUGGUUAUUUAUUACUAAUAAUAUAUAAAACAUUUCAUGGUACUGACAUGUACUCCACUAUGUAGUUAUUAUAUAUGAGGAAUCUUUCAUGAAUGACCAUUGAGAGUUGCUAUUUUUGCCGCCCACAAACAGUAACAGGGCUAAACUUUACUGACAAAGGGGUCCCACAAUCUCGAAAAGUGCUUAAUAUUUAGGGGGGAGUCCUUGAAAAGUCCUUAAAUUCGAUUAUUUCCUUGAAAAGCCCUUAAAUUUCUGGGCAAGUCCUUGAAAAGUCUUUGAAUUCUCUUCAACUUUGAAUGCAGCAUCCUGGAAAGUGUUUUUAAUGGUUUUUGGUUGUCCAAGACUGAAUGUCAAUCAUAGCUCAGAAAAAAGGUGAUUUUCAUAACACGCUUUUCUGUUUUAUGCAAUUAUUGGCUAUCAAUUUAAGGCAAGUGAGCUAAAAAAAUUUUGCGAAGUUGGUGGAGCAAACAGUUCAGUCCUUAAAGUCUUGUUAGAAUGAACUGGAAAUGCGCAUUUUUCACAAUCUUUGAAAAGCAGGUGGUCCUUAAAAAUGGAAUGUGGUCCUUGGAAAGUCCUUAAAAAAAUUAAUGUUUGCAAUUUUUUGUGUGGAGCCUGUGACAUUGUUCUGUUUUACCGUCAUAUUUUUAUCUGCAGUGGUUUCAAGGGGUAUCGUACACUUCAAUGCAGCUGUUUAAAGACACAAAAUCUGUCUGUGGAUUUGAUCUGAAAGCGGUCCCUAUAGAGUUAAUAGGGGAGGCUCUAAAGCAUUUGAUACAACUUUACAGUGAGGGGAAAAUCAAGCCUGUCAUUGACCAAGUGUAUGCUCUUGAAGAGGUAGGUCUUUACCUUUUUUGAUAUCUUUUCUCAUAAUUUUUUUGUUCUCAGUGAUUUUGACAAUAAUUACAGCAAGGAGCCCAAAAGUGUUACCGCUUUUAAUUUAUUCACAUCCUUUCGUGCAGAUUUAAUCCAAUCAGAAGCCAGCUGGAAACUGUCCUCAACUUCUGAUUGGUUUAUGCCUGCAUGAAAGAAUGUGAAUUAAUUUAAGGAGGUCACUGUAAUGUACGACCAAACCACACCAUGUUGAGUGUAACAACUGAUUUAAUUAGUUACCCGUCAUGCCUAGUACAGGCAUGGCAUUAACAUACAUCACAUCUCUCUUUCUCCAACAAAGACCGAACUAAUAAUAAACAAUGGAAAAUAACACACACACACACAAAAAAAAAAAUAAAUAACAAAAUCAGUUCGAAAUCAGUUCAAAAACUCGUAAGUUCAAAUUCACAAGUUCGCAUUCAGCAUUCAACGUUCCAUUCAAUUGCUCCAUUCCCUUCAAGUGUAACAGUCCUUUAGGUAUGAUGGGGUCUUAACCAAACGUCCCGACCUGGUCACUGUAACAGGUUCUUCUGCAGCCGCUACUGGCUUAGCGGCUUGGCUUGGCUUAGCUACUGGCUUAGCGGUUUCCCUCUGCACGUUAGUUGGAGGUAAGGUUAUCUCAGUCUGCUCUGGUCUGGCCUCAAAUUUCUGUUCUCCUGGUGCCCUGUUGCGAUUGAGGUGUCGUCUGUUUCUGCGAUAUUUCCUUCCACUUGCUGUCUCAACUACGUAAGAUCUAGGAGUGUGAUGUUUGUAUGACACUACAGCCGGUACCCACUGUCUCUGUGUUUCAUCGUGACAGUAUCUCCAGUUUGAAGUGAUUCCAACUCCGUCCACAGUGUCGAUCAAAAUAAUGUUUUUGCGUGCUUUUCACUUUUUUUUGAGCUUCCCGACUACUUCUUCCUGUCCUUGCGGUCUCAACAAUUCUGCAGUGGUAGGUAAUGUUGUUUUCAGACGCCGACCCAUCAUCAGUUGACCUGGGGACUUGUUAAUUGCGUCAAGUGGCGUGGUUCGAUAGCUAAGCAGGGCUUUAUUUAUGUCGACGGACUUUGACAUCAAGUUUUUGGUUGUUUGAACUGCUCUUUCAAUUUGUCCAUUUGAUUGCGGGUAGUGAGGGCUGGUUGUUGUGUGCGUGAACUCAUAGUCCUUUGCAAACUCCGCAAACUCGGCUGUUCGAACUGAGGCCCAUUGUCGCCAUUACGACUUCAUCGGGUAUACCAUAUCUUGAGAAGUGCUUCUUCAGUGCAUUAACUGUCGCCUUACUGCUUUGGUUUUCGAGUUGGUCUACUUCCAUCCACUUAGAAUAAUAGUCAACAGUACACAAGUAGUGAUGACUGUUCAUUUCAAACAAAUCUGUGCCUAUUUUUGCCCAUGGCCUGUUUGGGGAAUCAUGUGGUAUCAUUGGUUCUUUGGCUUGCUGUCUCUGGUGCUGACUGCAUGUAUAGCACUUGGCUACUUUGUCUUCAAUUUGCGUCGACAUCCCUGGCCAGAACAGCACAUCUCUCGCUUGCUGUUUGCACCUGACAACCCCAAAGUGCCCCUCGUGUAUUUUGUCUAACAUUUCUGACUGCAGGGUGUGAGGCACUAUCACUUUCGGCCUUUAAACAGCAGUGCAUCAAUGACUGAAAUUUCGUCUUUGUACGCCCAGUACUGUCGGAGGUCUGGGGACAGCUUUGCUUUGCUAUCUGGCCAUCCCUCUAGUACUGUGUCAGUUAGGGACUGCAAUACUGGGUCUGCUGCUGUAGCUUGUUGAAGCUCUAGAUACUUUUCCUGUGAGAUGGGAAGAUAAGCUGUGAGACACACGUCACUGACUUCUAAGUCCUCCACGAGCGUUUCUUUGGUUUCUGGCAAGUAAUGGCGACUAAGGGUAUCUGCUAGUUGCAUUUCAUUCCCAGGCUUGUAUGUAACCUUGAGGUCAUACCUUUGUAGGCUCAUCAUCAUCUUCUGCAAUCGCGGAGGUGCCUGAUGAAGAUUCUGUGCUAAGAUCCUCUCGAGCGGUUUAUGGUCAGACUCCACGUGCACUGUUCGUCCAUAAACGCACUGAUGAAACUUCUGGCAGGCGUAAACUAUUGCAAGUAACUCCUUCUCAAUCUGUGCAAACUUCUGCUGCGCAACAGUCAAGGCUCUAGAAGCAUAUGCAAUCGGCUUGUUCUCUUGUAGCAAUACUGCACCAAGUCCGUUAGCACUAGCGCCAACGUUGAGGGUGACAGGCUUGUUUGGGUUGUAGUAGCCCAGUACCGGAGAUUUGGUUACCAUCUGCUUGAGUGUUUGAAAACUUUGUUGCUGUUCUUUGUUCCAACGCCAGACUACUCCUUUCUCCAAUAGUCGCCUGAGAGGUGCACUUUCAGCAGCUAGAUUAGGCAGAAAUUUUCCAAGGUAUUGGAUAAAACCUAGGAAUGUUCUGAGUUCUUUAACAUUCUGUGGUGGUUGCAUCGCUCGACUGCUCUGACCUUCUCUGGGUCCGGUUUCAAACCCUCACUGGUCAGGAGAUGUCCUACAUAGGGGACAUGGUCUUUCCUCACUUGGCAUUUCUUGCUAUUUAACUUGAGACCAACCUCUCUCGCUCUGUUUAGGACUUGUCUCAACCUUGCAUCGUGCUGGUCAGUACUGCUGCCCCAGAUCAGUAUGUCAUCCACAAUUGCUCCUGCAGUGGGCUCUGCUCCAGGUAUGCCCUCCAACAUCUCGGUCAUGUAUCUCUGGAACACCUCAGGGGCCGAUUUGAUUCGAAAGGGAGCCUUUUAAAUCGAUACCUCCCGAAGGGGGUGUUGAACGAUGCACAACUUCGAGCUUUCCUCGUCUAAUUCUAUUUGCCAGAAUCCUGAUGUUGCAUCCAACACAGAGAAUACUUUGGCAUCUGGCAUGUCUGCAACUAUCUCUUCAAUCGUCUUCAUAGGGAAGUGUUCUCGUUUAACAGCUAGGUUUAAAUCUCUAGGAUCUAAACAGAUGCGAAUCUUAUUCGGCUUGACCACAGUAACCAUACUGCUAACCCAUGCUGUUGGUUCGAUUUGCCUCUCUAUCACUCCUGCUUUCACCAUUCUUUCAAGCUCAUCUUUGAUUCUGCCCUUCAGUGCAACCGGUACCUUUCUUGGUGGAUGUACCACUGGGAUGACUGUUGGGUCAAUUCUGAUGGUAUGUUUACCUGGUAAACAUCCAAGCCCGUGGAAGAGAUCUGGAUAUUCUAGUAGAAUAUCUGGACGUGCAUCAGUAAUAACCGACGAGUCUAUGACAGAGUUCACCCGCUGGACUAAACUGAGAUCCUUGCAUGCUUGUGCACUUAAGACGGACAGCACAUCACCUUCUGCAAUGUAAAACUUCAUGGGGUAUGUUUUGUCCUUGUGUUCGCAUAAGAGUGUUGUGCAACCAUGAAUAGGUAUCUGGUGACCAGAGUAUGACCUUAACUUGGCUGCUGUAGGUUGAAUUGUUGUCUCCCCUCCUAGAGUCUUUAACGUCGUUAAAGACAUAACAUUGCAUUUCGCUCCAGUGUCUAACUGAACAAUAACUUUCUUGUUGUUGACGGUCAGCUCUUCGCGCCAUUCACUGGUUUCUUUUGUCCGAGCUUCAUCGCCACUUCCGCAUUUUUCCACAUAUCGGACAGUUCUUCUCUUCUCUCUUGACUUGCAGACUUUGGCAAAAUGAUUUAACUUGGCACAAAUCAGACAUUUCUUUCCCUUAGCCGGACAUUCUGCUUUACUGCUGUGUAUGUAGCCACACAUUCCACACUCCUGUUCAACUCCCGGUCUGCCAAGUUUCCUCUUGUCCAAUUUCUCACUCUGCCUUCGAGCUUGAUUCACUUUAACAGCGUGAAUCUUGCUGUCUUCGUCCUCCAUGGUUUUGAGUUGCGUUUGAGACAUUUCCAGUGUGAGUGCAAUUUCAACCGCUUUCUCUAACGACAAUUCAGAUCCUUCUUGUAUCAACUUUUCUCGCACUUUCUUGGAGUUGCAACCAAUGACAAUUCUAUCCCUGACCAUUUCGUCUGGAUCUGCAUAUCCACAAUCUUUCACUAGCAGCUUGAGGUCAAUAAGAAACUGUUCGAAUGGCUCAUUAUCGCCCUGAACUUUCUUGUGAAACUUGUAUCUAGCAAAUACCUUAUUCGAUUUCGGCUUCACAUGGGCUUGAACCUCUCGUAGUAGCUGUUAAGCUUUUUCUCCUCUCCAUCUCCAAACGUCCAGGUCUGAUAUAUGUCUCUUCCCUUUUCUCCUACCCAAAUCAUGAGAUAAUUGCAUUUCUGUUCCUCCGAUUUCGACUUUAACGGUCCGCCAAACAUAAAUUCAAGAUGGCGUCGAAAACGACUUCCACGCAGUCGGUAAAUCCUUGCUGUUCCAGUCCAUUUUUGGUGUAUUUGCCGAUGACAUUUCCUCCAUUUCUUCUUAAACGUGAUACGGAACUCUUUUUCACGAUGGAUGGCUACUCUAACGGGUCAUUCAACUCGAUUUACUCCUGGUACCAUGUAAUGUACGACCAAACCACACCAUGUUGAGUGUAACAACUGAUUUAAUUAGUUACCCGUCAUGCCUAGUACAGGCAUGGCAUUAACAUACAUCACAGUCACGCUUUUGGGCUCCUUGCUGUAAUACUGAUUUGAAACACAGAACAACAUGUCGGCCAUGAUUUGUUAUUUUCUGUUGGAGUUUUGGAGCUCCCUAUAAUGUCAUUUAGAGCUCAACUUUGUUAGAUGGUUAGUGCUUUUUGGGGAAUCAAAUGCUAUUUUGCAGCCAGUCUCAUCUUAUGCAUGCUAAUAUUAUUAUUACACCCUUUAUACUACUACUUGAAAAAUUUCUGCAGUUUUAUUGGCUUAGAGUAGUGCUAUUUCAGCUUAAUUUGAAAUACCUACAGGUGAAAAUCGCAAAUCUUUUGUGGGUAGUAGUGUAAACAAAUAAUAGCAUGAUUUGUGAAUACCAUUUAUGAUAUUUCAAAAUGGUCUCAAAUUUCACUCGCCUAACAGCUCAUGAAGGUACGUAUAACUAUUCUGAAAUAUCACUUGUGGUAUUUAUGCCAAAUAUCACUUGUGGUAUUUAUGCCAAAUAUCACUACAAAUCAUGUUAUUACCUAUGCUAAUAUCGUCUUAAAGAAUAUCUAACCCUCUCUUCUGGUUAUUCCAAUGUGGUCCCUGUUCAUUCAAAGUCUAUGGUUGUUUUGCUGAGGCACACUAUUGUUGUUACAUGAAUACCAUCUCUGUUUCAUAGUUAGAAGCGUGAACCCAAGGUCUGUAAGACUUUCAGGAUUAGCUCAGUCAGUAGAGCGCUUGACUGCAGAGCGGGAGGUCACGGGUUCGAUUCCCGGGGCCGGACUACUACUCAGGGUCUUAAAAUGACUGAGAAAUGAAGGUACUCCCUUUGCACUGCGGGCGGCUGGACCUUCACAAGGCUCGGAUGACCACGUAAAAUGGUGGUCCCGUCUCCAUUAGGAGACGUAAAAGAUAGUGUCCCCAAUUAGCACUUUCAUGCUAAUUACAUUGACACUCAAUGUAUUAUUCUGUUUGUUCAUGCAGGUAGGCAAGGCAAUGCGGAAGAUGCAUGAGCGGAAGAAUGUUGGCAAAAUAAUCUUGUCACCCAUGAAGGAACCUGAGCCAGAGCCAACACCGGCACCCAAACCAGAAGCAGCAGCUGCUGCUCCAGCAGAACCUCCUAAAGAAACUGCGGUGGGUGAACUUAUAGCCUAAGGCCCAGUUCAAACGUCAAACUUUUCAUGUACCGAACCUAAUCUCUCCAGAGAUCGACAUUUACCGGUAAAUCAAUAUUGGUCCGACAUAUCUAAUUUGGGUCAACUCAUGAAUUAAGUUCUAGUGGCCUGACAUGGAACAUCAUUUCUACUGCAGAGCAACUUUUUUUCAAGCGUCAAACUUUUCAUGUGUUGAAUGAAAUGUAUAAACUGCAAUUGUUAAUUUUUAACUGGGAAAGAAAUUUAGACCAUUGUACAUCUUGAAAAUGAAUCGAGUCCAACGCCUGAAUCAAAUGCAAACUUGUAUCAUUUGAACCACCACCUGGUUAGCUAACCGCCACCUGGUUAUCUGAGUUGGGAGAGUACCGGUCUGCUAAGAGGGAGGUCGUGAGUUCAAAUCCCGGCCAGACCAACACUCAGGGUCUUAAAAAUAACUAAGGAGAACGUGCUGCCUUUGUAACGAGAUCUGUAAACGGUUAGUCAACUUUCUAGUCUUCUAAGAUAAGGAAGAAAAACCGUAGGUCCCGUCUCACAGCACUUUCACUGAUUUGAUUUGGACGUAAAAGAACCUAUACCACUGUUCAAAAAGAGUAGAGGACAUAGACCCCAGUGGUGUAGUCAACCUCUCCUGGGCUGGGUGGGUUAUCUGUAAGGACACUCUCAAAUUGGAGCCCUGCUCUGUUGUGUGUUCCGCACCAUAUGGUGAAAGUGAUAAAAUAAAUAAGUAAAUAAAUAAAUAAAUAAAUUUGGGUUGACCCAAGUAGGUAUUAAGGUCGGUACAUAAGACGUUUGAUGUUUGACCUCGGCCUGAGAAAUCAGCAGACAUUUCCUGAAGCCACCACUGGUCUCCUGCAAAGCGAUGUCUGAGGAACAGUCGCAGAAAUUCCGUACCGUCACCAGACAGUAGGGAGCUUAAGCAAUGACGAGGGCGAAGGCUACGAAAACAUCACUCCAAAAUUUAAUUCUCGCUGCGUCAAAAGUUAUCAUGCUAUUCCACCUCGUUCAAUUCACCAAAUGUUGGCAAUUUUUUCUGGAGUUGAAUUCUAAAAGACUGUAUCGAAGUUCAGGGAAAGAAAAAGAAAGUUGUUGUCUUGUGUUAACAUCCUCUGCAAAACAUGAAAUUAAGUAUUAUCACAUUGUAGUCGUGCAGUGAUGGCAAAGAAAUGAACACAAGCCUGCUGCACAUGCGGAGUUGUUGUUUUGCCAAACUGAACCUAUUGCUUUUUUGCCAGUUUCGUUGACGUCCCUGUCAUUGUUGCUUAAGCUCCAUAGGUUGAAGAACUGAAAAACAUGUGGCCCUCAAAGUUAUCCCAACCAGUAGUAGAGUCACAUGUUGUGCACGUUCUUUUGGGUGUUUAGGUAAGACUAGACAAUUUCACUUCUGGGCCUUGUUUGUGAACAAAAUCCUGCAUGAAUAUUCCCUUUAAUAUCAUAGAUGACGAAUUACUCGUUAAUUUUGGCGUGAAAUUUCAGCGUUAAUUUAAUUACAAAAUUGCCAUGGCAACCUAACGUACAUCUCAGUGUCAAGAUGGUGACGAAGUUUUAAAAUGUCAUGAAUGAAGAUGUUAGGGCACAAUAAGACGCUUUAAAAAACCUGAACACACAAAAGAGCGCAUAAGCAUAAGCCAAAUUUAAGCUCUAAACGUUCAAGAGAGUGCAGGAGUUCUCGAUCGAUACUAUCCAGGAUAAACCUGUCAAAAAUCCAAGGUAGCUGUCCUAAUUCGUAACCCAUGAUAUUAAUAGGUAAUCAAAUGGUAUACUCAUGAAAUUAGGGAAUAAUUUCACUUGUGUUUUGUCCAAAUCCUAAUAAUUUCCCUCACCUAAAGGCUCGGGAAAUUAUAAGGAUUUCGACAAAACGCGCGUGAAAUUAUUCCCUAAUUUCACUCGCCACCACUUGAUUACACAUACUAACACUACUUCAGUGGCAAAUCAUAUUAAUGUAAAACUUUGCAAAUUUAAAAUUCCAAAGUGUGGCUAGGUGGGGAAAUUUGCUGAUCUGAUCAGGAUGUAAAAAUGUGUAAGAACUGUUUUCCCUCUUCUUGGGUAGUCAAGGGUUUGGCCUACUCUUGUGGUCUGCGAUGUAAACUUUUUUUUUGUCCUUGUUAAUUAUUUACUGCUACAGGAAGCAGAAGCAAAACCAGAGGAGAAGGCAGAAGACAAAGCGAAAGAGGAAGAGAAAAAACCAGAGGAAAAAAAAGAAGAGGCAAAAUCAGAGGAACCAAAAGAAGAAGCAAAGCCAGAAGAACCGAAAGAGGAAGCAAAACCAGAAGAACCGAAAGAGGAAGCAAAACCAGAAGAACCGAAGGAGGAAGAAAAACCUGAAGAGAAAAAGGAGGAAGCUACUUCAUGAAAUGUGGUAUGUGCAGACCAUUUGUGAUCGAUAUAAAAUUUCUCCUUGUGAUCUUUGAUCAUGUUUUGGGAGAGGUGAUGAGAAUUAGGAAAUGAUCACCCAAGAGAUGAAUUCUCUGAUAUUAUUUUUAACUUUUUGCUGGUAGCAAAACAUUUUCUUCUAAUUCACCAGGCGUUGCAGUUAGAUGCAACAACACAACACUGGUGGCCCUAAGAAAGGGUUAACAUUAUUAGGUGCUUGGAAGCCAGAUGGGGGGGGGGGAGGUAGGCAUUGUAUAGUAUAAGUAACCAUCCUCUUUUAAUCUUGGUGUUAUCUCUUUUGCAGGUCACGAUGCUUAGUGAGGAAAAUUAUGACCAAGUCCAGCUUGCAAUUGGAUAAAAUUAACUAGUACUUCUACUUCUAGGUUUUCACAAUAAUGCAUGUUUCAUUUUAUGGCAAAUUAGAAGUUUCUUAUCAGUAAAUUUAGUUUAUUUAGCCUGUCUCCGUUUGUAUGCAUAUUGUUUUCUGGGCCUGUUCAUCCCCAAGCUCCACUCCAUCCCUGAGAUCUUGGAACUGAGACAGACAGUGAUGGGGUGGACAAAGGCAGUCCUUGUUAAAAAUGGCGAGCAGAGCUUCAUAGGUUGUGAAAACUUCAAUGAUCACUGAGUUAGUUAGGUAAAUGAUAAAAGCCACUAUUAUUUUGUUGCAUCUUAGCACCCUUUGUUAACUACUGAAAAUAAGCGUGUUGCAAGGUUUUAACAUCGAUAGAUACUUAAAAAUAGGUUUUGUUUGACGGAUGGAAGAUGAAAAAAAAUAUGUUUGUUCGUCUGGGUUUGAGGAGUCCUGCAUCAAAACCCGUUUCUUGGAGGUUUGCUUUGCCCGCCCUUUUUGAAUGCGGACAAGAGUUUGGAGACAACCUUCACUGCUUGGUGACAUAAUUUAUUAUCCUUUUUAGUUAAGAAGUUGAGCAAAUCUGUCAGUAACUGAUUGGCUCUCGUGUCUUAGCUUCUGGUUAAUUAAAAUUUAAUAAUUGAUAAAAUUUAUUAUAUUACAGAGUUAAAAUGAAUAGUUUUGCAGUAGCUCGGCGCCCUUGAGUUCUGAAUCUGAUGAGCUAAACGCUGGAGAGUAUUGCUUGCACUACAAAUAUAGUGAUAUAUUUUUAUGUUAAACAAUAAUAUUAAUAAUAUUAAAGAAUAAAAUAAACACUUAUAUAAUUUGUUAAAUCCUACAGCCAUUAUCUUACAAUAAAGAGGUUCUUAUCUUGACAAAAUGACAAAAGUAUGUUAUUGAGAUAUAUUAUUUACAUAAUGAAUAAAGGCCAAUAAUAAAUGACAGCUAU